UCGUCUUCCGUGGCUCUGCUGUUGCAGUGAUGACUCCAACGAUUGAAACUCCUCCAAAUGCAUUUGAUUCGCACAAAGCGCAUCCGCCCCUCAAUGAAAGAAUACUUUCGUCUAUGUUUAGGAGAUCAAUUGCUGCACACCCUUGGCAUGAUCUGGAGAUAGGACCUGGAGCUCCAACAAUUUUCAACUGUGUGGUGGAAAUUGGGAAAGGGAGCAAGGUGAAAUAUGAGCUGGACCAAAAAACUGGGCUGAUUAAGGUGGAUCGCAUACUAUACUCAUCGGUUGUGUAUCCCCACAACUAUGGUUUCAUCCCGCGCACUCUCUGUGAGGAUAGUGACCCCUUGGAUGUUGUAGUCCUCAUGCAGGAACCAGUCCUUCCUGGCUGCUUUCUCCGGGUUAAAGCCAUAGGCCUCAUGCCUAUGAUUGAUCAGGGAGAGAAGCAUGACAAAAUAAUCGCAGUGUGUGCUGAUGAUCCCGAAUACCGACAUUACACUGAUAUCAAAGAGCUUCCACCUCAUCGUUUGGCUGAGAUCCGGCGCUUCUUUGAAGACUGUAUCCUUAAAUAUUUGCAUGACCGGAUGCGUUGAUUCCAUGCUAUGUGUGCAUGUAGUAAUUUUUUUAAAGGUGGCUGAGC